ACAUGGUGUGGAUACUGCCGAGCCGUACACGACUAUUUAUUUAUUUAUUUUUAAGAAAAGAAGCUUGUACGUAGUAAUUUUUGAAACCGCCAAACUUGAACAUCUAUAUGAGUAUUACGAGUAUAUAUUUUUGGCAUUGAGAAGUAGAACUAAGAAACUUGUUCUCUUAAAACUCCCCAUUUCACACCGAACUUAGGGUUUCUACAAUUCUUGCUGAUCUUCAAAAUCUCGAUUUAUCUCGGAUAAAAUGGCAAUUCUUGCAAUUACCGAUGUUGUGAUCUUGCCCCUUAGUACCGUAUCCAGUUCGAAGAAUGAGCUUAAGCUCGAAGGAUCAGUGCUUGAUAAUACUUUUAUCAUCACCCUCGCUUCGUCUCUAAGUACACUGCCUUUGGAAUCGUCAUCUAUGGAUACUGUUAUUGGUGUUUCCAAAACACGAGACUUUCCUGCUGCUCCAAUGCUUGCUGAAUUGUUCAGAGUUCUGAAGCCAGAUGGAAGAAUUCUUAUUUGUCUGUCUGAACUUGCUGGUGAUCUACCUUCAGACAAUAUUCUUUCUUCUCUGGAGCGGAAAAUACUUGUAGCAGGAUUCUUGGAACCAGAAGCUAGCCAACAGCAACCGGACGCUUUAUCAGGAGUUCAAACUAUCCAAGUUAAAGCCAAGAAGCCAUCUUGGAAAAUUGGAUCAUCUUUUUCCCUCAAAGCCUCAAAAGGUUUACCCAAGGUUCAAAUUGAUGAUGAUAUGGAUCUGAUUGAUGAGGACACUCUAUUAACUGAGGAGGACUUGAAGAAACCACAACUUCCUGCUGCCGGGGAUUGUGAAGUUGGAAGCACAAGGAAAGCCUGCAAGAACUGUUCAUGUGGUAGGGCUGAGGAAGGGCAGAAAGUUGCAAAAUUGGGGCUAACAAUGGAACAGCUAGAUAAUCCUCAGUCUGCAUGUGGAAGUUGUGGACUAGGAGAUGCUUUUAGGUGCAGCACAUGCCCAUACAAAGGUCUUCCAGCAUUUAAACUUGGGGAUAAGGUUUCUUUGGCGAGUAGUUUCCUUGAUGCAGAUAUCUAAACUGGAGCAGGAUUCAUUUGUAUUUUUUGAGAGCACCGUGUUUGUUUUAAGGGUCAUGAUCGUGCAAUGUUUAGAAUUAGAAAUGUAACUAUUCUUUCAAGGAUACUAUAGUUUUCCUAAAUUUUGACAUAUACUUCGUAUGUAAUAUGCGAACUCGUUGAACUAGAAAGAAAUAUAGUCAUGGUCUUCUGUGAUGUAAUCUGUUUUGAUAAAGAAAUCAUCUAUGCCUCCAUUGGCCAUCUAGUCUCGAGCUUUCCAUUUCCCAUUACAGGCAACAUCUGCAUUUUAUUGUAAAUUUCUGCAGUUGCAAGAAGUUUAAUAAGAAAUCCUAUUUUAUGGUGAUUGAAUA